UAUUUCACGCCCGUCCCUGGUCCUUGUCUUCCCCGACAAACCGGUUCCGUGUGACGGUCGUGCGGCCCGGAGACUCGGCGAGGGACACGCUGGAGGGGGUCUGCAAGACGCACCAGCUGGACCCGGCUGCCCAUUACCUGCGGCUGAGGUUCCUCGUGGAGAAUAGACUGCAGGUCUACGUGCCGCAGCCUGAGGAGGACGUGUACGAGCUGCUGUACCAGGAGAUCGAGAUCUGCCCCAAGGCCAUGCGGAGCCUGCAGGUGGAGAAGUCGGACGCGGCCGGGGACAGCUACGAAAUAACCUGGAAGCUAGAAGUUGCUGUAAGAAUGGAGUUCAAGAUAAGAGGAUGCAAUGACAUCUUUGCGCCCUGGCUGGUGCGGUCAGUUGGUUAAAAGGCACCGAGAGGUCACGGCUCGAUUCCGGUCAAGGGCACAUGCCCGGGUUGCAGGCUGGAACCCCAGUAGGGGGGGUGUGCAGGAGGCAGCCGAUCCAUGUUUCUCUCUCUCUCUCUCUCUCUCUCUCUCUCUCUCUCUCUCUCCCUCUCUCCCUUUCUCUCUCAAAUCCAUAAAAACGUGUUUUUAAAAAAUGAGGUCGUUGGAACAUCCUCAUUCUCCAUCUGAGGCACCCGAUACCCGCGUGGGCGGGGCCGUGGGUCGUGUGGCCCGCGUGGGCGCUGUUUCCAGGACCUGCGAACAAAACAAAACAUGCUGGUUAUGACUCGGCCCCGCCCUCUCGGGGACGCUCUGGCCCGGCCCGCGUCAGUUCUGUUUUGUCACUUGCCUGUUGUGUGAGCCGCUGUGCUCUGCCCGGCCCUCAGCCAGGUCACUGCCCAGAGCCUGAGCUGUGUCCACGUCACGGUGGCCUUAGUUCCACACGGUCCCCUUUGCAGUUCUACCCGAGGGAAAGCGCGUGUCCUGGGCUCCCAUUGGCCAGGGAGGAUGUACAUGAGCAUGGAGGUGGCCAGGACUGGGAGCCCCAGGCCCCUCAGCACGCAGUGUUUUGGGGCGUGUUCUGCCCUUUUUCCUGACGGGUCAGCCACGCCCAGGACUGGCCACUAGUGGCUCUGAGCUCAGGACCCCGGCCACGGGAAGGCUCACGUGGAGUGUGAAACCAGCCGGGUUCGUGUGAGGUUGGAUUU